CUGGAUUUCAAAGCAGAAUGUAGAAUUACCAUACUACCCUCACUCUCUGGAACAUAUACAUUUGUUUGCAGAAAGUUUCGUAGUUUUUGUUGUUGUUGUUCAUCUUCAUGGUCGUCGUCUUCAUCUGAUAUCGGAAUUUGUUCCACUUUUUCGCAAGAUGGGAGUUCAACGACUUGAAGGAGUUUCUGAAGACAAUGAGCCUGCUGAAAAUGCCUGUGCUAGUAGCUCUUUGAACCAUGGAGAUAAUGGGUGUGUGUCUGCAAACAUCAAUCAAAGUGUAAAUACUGAAAGCAGGGAAGUGGGUGAGCCUGUUAAGAAAAGUAGUGCCCAACAUAUCUAUAGACAAGAUGUUGUGAAGAAGAAUACUAGUAGCAUGAUUGGGAUUGUGACAGAAGUUGCUGGUGAUUCGGAUUCGGAUUCAGAUAGUGGAAUCACUGACGAUGAGGAUGAUAGUGAGGAUGAGGAUGGUGAUGGGGAGGGGAGAAAUGAUAGUAAUAAUGGUAGUAGAAAUUCUGGUAGGAAUGAUGGUUCUGGAAAUGCUAAAACUGGUGCUCUUCUGGCUGACCAGCUGCGUGUACUCUGGAUGGAUGAAUCUGAAUCCACGCAGAAUUUCAGUGAUGUAGAAGUUAUUGAUCGUGGAUUCUUACAUGGGGAUUUUGUUGCUGCUGCUUCAAAUCCUACUGGGCAAUUGGGUGUAGUGGUUGAUGUCAACAUAAGUGUGGAUUUGUUCGCCCAAGAUGGAUCGAUAAUAAAAGAUGUCUCAUCAAAAAACUUAAAGCGUAUUAGGGAUUUCACUGUUGGUGAUUAUGUGGUGCAUGGGCCCUGGCUAGGCAGAAUUGAUGAUGUUAUGGAUAAUGUGACUAUCUUAUUUGAUGAUGGUUCAGUUUGUAAAGUCUCCAAAGCUGAUCCAUUGAAUCUUAAACCAAUUUCUAAGAAUUUUAUUGAAGAUGGGCAUUUCCCUUAUUACCCUGGGCAACGUGUUAGGGCUAGCUCUUCAUCAGUCUUCAAGAAUUCAAGAUGGCUGUCCGGCUUGUGGAAAGCUAAUAGGUUAGAAGGAACUGUAACUAAGGUUACAGUUGCAUCUGUGUUUGUUUAUUGGAUAGCAUCUGCAGGUUAUGGGCCAUAUUCUUCUACUUCCCCAGCGGAGGAGCAGAGUCCAAAAGACUUAAAAUUAUUGUCUUGUUUCGCUCAUACAAAUUGGCAAUUGGGUGACUGGUGUCUCUUGCCAUCUUCAGCACUUCCAUCCUCAGUUUCCAUGGGCAAAAGCAUUUCUAAAUCAGAACUUACCAAUUCUGGUAAUACUGAAUUAUAUUCUAAUCAGACAAGAAGCGGGUGUGAUUCAGAAGAAGCUACUGUUGAAGAAUCAAAUGGGAAUAAGGAUGCAAUGGACCUUGAUCCUGUUGGUGCUUUGGAAGGUAAUGAUAGAAGUAAUCCUUCACGCGAUUCUAGCUCGUGUGGUAGUUCUGUCUCAGUAUCAAAGGACCCUGUCCAUGAAACUUGGCCUCUUCACCGCAAGAAAAUAAGGAAAGUUGUCAUUAGGAAAGAAAAAAGGACCCGUAAGAAAGAAGAAAGUUUUGAGAAAGCUCUUUUGAUUGCUAACACUAGGUCAAGAGUUGAUGUUGCAUGGCAAGAUGGAACUAUAGAGCGGGAACUUAAUUCUACGAGUUUAAUUCCUAUAGAUAAUCCUGGUGAUCAUGAAUUUGUUUCAGAACAAUAUGUGGUAGAGAAGACCUCUGAUGUUGGUGAGGAUACUAGUGAAACUAGACGAGUUGGAGUGGUCAGAAGUGUUGAUGCCAAGGAGCGGACAGCUUGUGUGAGGUGGUUAAAACCAGUUGAAAGAGCAGAAGAUCCACGGGAGUUUGAUAAUGAGGAAGUUGUAAGUGUGUAUGAGCUAGAGGGCCAUCCUGAUUAUGAUUACUGUUAUGGAGAUGUGGUUGUUCGACUUUCACCUGUGUCCGUCUCUUUAGAAACAGCUUCUGUUGGACAGUCCAUGGACAAAUCAAAGCAGAAAAAUGAUGAAAAUGGGAUUAAAAAAGAAGUGAAAAACCAAACAGGUACCACUAAAGUACAAAGUGUAUCUUCUGGUGAAACUUGUGGGGAGUUCUCAGACCUCUCGUGGGUUGGAAAUAUUACUGGUCUUAAGAAUGGUGAUAUUGAAGUUACUUGGGCUGAUGGGAUGGUGUCAACGGUUGGACCCCAAGCAAUCUAUGUUGUUGGUCGAGACGAUGAUGAUGAAUCGAUUGCUGCUGGGAGUGAAGUAAGUGAUGCUGCAAGCUGGGAAACUGUUAAUGAUGAUGAAAUGGAAGUCCCAGAGGAUUCCAGAGAGGGUAUUGAGAGGGAAAAUUCAAGCAGUGUCACUUCUGAGGCAGAAGAGAGCGAGUCUGGUAGGGCUGCAGCACUCUCUGUUCCCCUUGCAGCAUUUCAUUUCUUCACCAGACUUGCCAGUGGAAUAUUCUCAAGGGGCCAAAGGGACUUCGAUCCUGGUCACUUGAAGUCCAAGGGUGAAAAUGAAUGUCAAUCACUAGUUAGUGAUGAGUCUAGUUCCCAGAAUUGCAUUAGCAUUGAUGGUGACGACUCAGACAGUAAGAGUGGGGGAAAUGAGCAAGUUGUUCCAGAAACUGAAAUUUUGGAAGCAUCUAAGACACUGUGUAGCUUGAGGAAUGAAGAUGCUCCUGCAAUUUGUGACAAUGAUGCUUGCGGUGUGAAACAUUUUGACAUUACAACAGAUCCUUCUGACCAUUAUUUUAUUGGUGCAAAUGGACAGAGUAACAACCGGAAAUGGUUUAAGAAGGUGCAACAAGAUUGGAGUAUACUACAGAAUAACCUUCCUGAGGAAAUCUAUGUACGAGUUUAUGAAGAUAGAAUGGAUCUCCUGAGAGCAGUUAUUUUAGGGCCAUAUGGGACACCAUACCAAGAUGGGCUGUUUUUCUUUGAUUUUCACCUUCCACCAGAGUACCCUGAUGUUCCACCGUCAGCAUACUAUCAUUCUGGUGGUUGGCGUAUUAACCCAAAUUUGUAUGAGGAAGGAAAGGUUUGCCUUAGCCUUUUAAAUACUUGGACUGGCAGAGGGAAUGAAGUUUGGGAUCCAAAAUCUUCUAGCAUCCUUCAGGUCCUUGUUUCACUGCAAGGGUUAGUACUCAACUCGAAGCCUUACUUCAAUGAAGCUGGGUAUGAUAAGCAAGUUGGAACAGCUGAAGGAGAGAAGAAUUCAUUGUCAUACAAUGAGAAUACAUUUUUACUGAACUGCAAGACCAUGAUGUAUCUUAUGCGGAAACCUCCCAAGGAUUUUGAAGUGCUCAUCAAAGAACAUUUUAGGAGGCGCGGUCAUAACAUCCUCAAGGCAUGUGAUGCAUAUAUGAAAGGUUACUUGAUUGGCACACUGACUAGAGAUGCAUCUGUGAGUGACAAGAGCUGCCAGAAUUCAACCUCUGUGGGUUUCAAGCUGAUGCUGGCCAAGAUAGUGCCAAAGCUUUUCUUGUCACUAAGUGAGGUUGGAGCUGAUUGCGACGAAUUUAAGCAUCUGAAAGAGUUGUAGCAAAAUUAUGAAGAUACAUCGACUUGAAACCAAGAGGGUCUUGCUGACUCUGCCCACAAGUGUAAAGGUUGUUAUGUGUUGCUGUCAGUGUUUUGAUUUCUACAAUUAAAACCUUCCUUACAAUUAAAUGACAAAAUCACUUUUAGGAGCUUGAAGGAACAAAGUGGUGGAACUUAAUUUACGAUUACAUUGAAAGAAAACAACCCCUAAUAGAGCAGGUGGAUAUUCUUUUCAUUUUGGUCACCUGUAGAGGGGAGGCAUGGUUACUGACCUGUAUCAGUUGUAUGCUGUUUACUUCUUUUAUUAUAUUCAUUUUUUUAAACA